CAGCAACGUCGUGGAUCGCGCGACGCGCUCGCAAGCAAAAUAAGCAAUCGAGCAAACGAACGACUCGCGUUGCAGACUCACUUAGACAGACUUAACAGUGCGUUAAGAGAGAUGGCAUCUGAAUAGUCCGUGAACAGUUCCGUGAUAGUCGCGUAAUCGCUACCGCAGAAACAAAUCCCCAAGAGGCGAUCUCAGCGAGAGCAUCUCACGGGGAUCCUCGAGCGAUCCUCGAUGCCGGCGACCGCAGCCUCUAGCGUUUAAACAACCGAUUAGCAUGAGUCCCAUAACCGCGGUCGAGUUCUUGUUCUUCGCCAUCUUCGGUCAGACGACGCACGAACAGUUCAAGGUAGAAUCGAAGCAGCCCUCCUGGACGACCGUGCUCUUCAAGCUCGCCUUCGGCAUUUACAUGUUGGUGUCGGUGGUGGUGCUUAUUAAUCUGCUGAUCGCUAUGAUGAGCGACACCUAUCAGCGGAUACAGGCGCAGUCAGACAUCGAGUGGAAAUACGGAUUGAGCAAGCUCGUACGAAAUAUGCACAGGACCACUACGGCACCGUCCCCGCUCAACCUCCUGACCACGUGGAUCACGUAUCUCUGCAAGCUCUGCAAGAAGCGCCUGACUAAGAAGCAACAGCGACCCUCCCUGAUGCAUUUGAUGGGCGCCGGCCGUAUGUCCCCCCGCUCCAGGAUGGGCGCCAAAUGGCUGUCCAGAGUGAAGAAGAACACGCAGGUCGGCCACAAGGACAGCGUUGCCCUGUCGGUCGUCCACCUGAGCCCCCUCGGCAGCCAGUUAUCCUUUAGCAACACCGUCAAGAUCGACAACGUCGUCGACUGGGAGGUUGUCAGGCGCAAGUACAGAGAUCUCUACGGCGAGCAGGAGAAGCCGAUCGAAGAGAGCAAGGAAUCGACGGAGACGAAUCCGUUGGCGGUCUUGGAGGGAUCGUCGAGCGUCACCGAAAAGUCAGGACUGCCCGGGGCCUGAAGGGGAAGGGAAGCGGGCAGGAGGGGACAGAAAUCAUUCAGGACAGAGAUCAUUCGCCGAUCAGAGAUCAGGACCAGAGUUCUGUACUUCUCACGGAAGAGAGAGAUCGCGAGACGCGAGCCGUUCUCGCGUCUUCCUUUUCCCGCGACUCGAUGCGCAUCGAAGAUGCGUUCGAUCGCGCGAUUAAUUUGUUUGUACAUAUGCGCGUAUGUGUACACAGGGACGAGCCACAGAGAUGCAUAUACAGUGGUACCCUGUAUCAGUAUCCAAUUCUUUUCAAAUAAACGCCUAGUCUCUCGAUCUAGAGACCUCGCUGUGUACGGUUACUAGCUAGCAGCGCUACCCGCUCUCCUCCUCGUGAUCCACACACGUCUAAUCGAUUACCUGUACCACAUUUUAGAGGCUACCAUGCGGAAUAUCCAUGUGCAUAGGGAUUGUUCCACGUCACGUUUGACGUGAGAGUUAAUCCGAUCAAUAUCACGGAGUAUCUUUUCUUCUCCAUUUUCGGCCAAAAAGACACCGAAGAUUUCACAAUUACGUUGAAACAAAAGCUGCAACCAGG